UUUAAUAGCAGCAGGGUGUAUCUUCGCAUCAACUGGAACUUUCAACGCAGCAAUUUAUGGAUUCACUCGCAACAUUAUUAGUAUAAAAUUGUUCACAAAAGUUGAGGAAAACAGUAAUAAAGUAGAAAUUGAUAAAACUCUAACAAUUUCAAAACCUAUAUUACCUUACUUUGUACCACAAUUAUCUAACGCUAAUAACCGAUAUCACGAUUCUGAUUCGUCUUUCGAGGAUGAAAUUAUGUGGUGGUAUUAG